AUGGCCUUGAAUGUCACCCAUCUACUGAACAAUCCUGUCAACCUAUCCGAACUUGAAACAAAUGAAACCAUUGUUCUUCCGUUGUAUAACACCAACUUAUUUCUGAGAUCAUACCCCCCUCUUGACCUCGGUCUCAUGGGAGCAGGGGAGAAUAUCUUUUUCGAAUUAAUGCCUGAAAAUUUACUAUAUAUAACUCCUAUCGGAAUCGGCACCCCGCCGCAGCGAGGAGUCUGGGUAAUUGAUACAGGGUCGGGCGUGACGUGGUCGGUUUGCGAUCCAUGCGACCACAACUGUCCAGCAUCAUCAUCAACUUUUCACAAGUCUCUGUCAUCGUCGUUCCAGAUGGUGGACUGCCACAACACUAAUGAAUGCUUUGGAGAGAACUUCGGUUGUGCUUCAGUUUACAGCCGUGCCUGUGAAUUUCGAACUGGCUAUGCUGGGGCUGAGGAAUCGCCAAUAGCGUCCAGAUUAAUCCUGAAUGCUCGGACAGACCAGAGAGGCUCCGGCACAAGAAUCCUUCCAAUCCUAACUCAAGAUAGAAGCAUGCAGUACUAUAUCCAAUUCAACGGAAUCAUAGUUGAUGACGAUUACUUGCAAGUCGAUGCUGCUGCUAAUCCGAGUGAAACGCGUUACGCCUUCAUCGAUACAGGGGCUCCAACAUCGCAUCUGCCGGCUGAGUUCUACGUGAGAUAUCGUCAUUCCUUCAAGAAGCACAUGACGUCAUUCCUUCACGAGAUCUUAUUUCUACUUCUUCUUCUACGUGAGCUACAGUACUGCGUAUUGAAUUGA